GACCGUUGGGCUAUGCCCAAAACGGAUGCAGUGAACCACGAAAAUGGCAACGCCGGUACCGUCGACGAUUGUUUUGUUGACGAUGGAUUGAAUCGAGUAACUUUGCAAGAAGAUUCUAAAAUGACUGUUAAAAUCAGCAACGAUUCUGACAAAUCUCAGUGUAGUGCUUGCCUCGAUGAAAACAAUUGUGUAGUUGUCAAUGAAGACUCGUGUGGAUGUGAAGACAAUUCGUGUGACAGCGACCAAAAUUUACCAGAAAUGCCAUCGAAUAAUACUGUCGAUAACGCUGUUGACGAGCCUGUUUGCGAUAGGAAUGUAAUUUGUAAUAAUACUGUGCGACAAGAUGCAGAACAGCCUUCUGUUGAACAUGCACAAGAUGUCGACGACAAACCGGAAUCAGAGAGGUAUGAACAUUUUGUAAAUAAAAUCCCAGAUUACGAGUGUGAAAACUGGGCAGACUUCAGCGCUUGCAAUGCUGAGCAGGUGUCUAUCGAGAACACAUGCGGAAGCAGUGUAAGUGAAGAAAGCAGCAAUUCGUAUGACCAAUCCGAAACAAAAAGUGAGGAUGGAGAAAAUUGUGCAAGUUCCAGGAAUUCCUCACCAGAGAUUGAACUUGAACAUUUACAGCGAUCUGGUACGCGAGAAUCAUUUCAAAGUGACGCAUCUAUUACAAGUGUUUCAAGUAUAAGUACAGAACCUUCAUCCAGUAUAUCUGCAGAGGAAACAAGUGACAGUAAAGGUCACACGUUUUUAAAUGACACUGAGGCGGCAGGGUUUGUGGAUGUUAGUCUUCACACUAGAAACUCUUAUGACCCGGCUACUGGGGUAUUCAAAUACGAUGAACAGUUAGCAUUAGCUCAAGGAGCAAAGCCCAAGAAAAAAGGACUGUCUGGCUUUCUUUCAAGGAGUCUUUUUGCAAAGAAGUCUCCAAAUUUGAGUUGUGAUAUACCCAUCCCGCCGAGCAGUCCCCCAGGCUGGAAGCUAUUUGGGCGUGUUCCCUCAAAAGAGACUCCCCAACGGCCACCAAACUACAUAUCUGAAGAGUACCAAGCAAAAGGCAAGACACACCCACCAACUACAUCCAAGAGUUGGAAGAAACGCAUGUCGUCAUUGAAAGUGGCCAGUAGUACCACUGCCCUCAUAUUGGAAAAUAGACCACAAAAUUUACCUGCUAAGUCACCUGAGGAAGAACAGAAGCACAAACAGCAGUACCAAGAAAUGAUUGCUUGUGCCAAGAAAAAAGAAAUUCGAGAUGCUAAGCAGAACCUCAAGAAAAUGGCUGAGCAGGUGAAAUAUGAAGAUAAUGUGGCGACUAAUCUCUUGACCUGGAACAGUGAACUACUACCCCACUGGGAAAAUGUGAAACAUUCGAAGAAGACACGUGAUAUAUGGUGGAAUGGCGUACCUCCCGGUGCUCGGGGCAAAGUCUGGCUGCUAGCAAUAGGAAAUGAGCUUAAUAUCACACAUGAGCUGUUUGAAAUCUUCAAAGCGAGAGCUAAAACUCUGAUAAAAGCCUUAAGCGGAAGUGAUUCAGAGAAUGAAGAAGUCCAUGCUGCCAGUAAAGAAAGCAGUGUGGAGGUCAUCAAAUUAGACGUCAAUAGGACCUUUCCACAAUUAUGUAUUUUUCAAAAGGGUGGACCUUAUUAUGAUAUGCUAAGCAGCUUAUUAGGUGCCUAUGCUUGCUAUAGACCGGAUGUUGGAUAUGUCCAAGGGAUGUCCUUCAUAGCGGCCGUCUUUCUCCUGAAUUUGGAACCUGCUGAUGCCUUCAUAUGCUUUGCUAAUUUACUUAAUAAGCCCUGUCAGAUGGCGUUCUUUCGACUUGAUGAAGAUUUGAUGAAAGCAUACUUUGCUACUUAUGAGGAGUAUUUUGAAGACAAUUUACCUGAUCUUUUCAAACAUUUCCAUGAACUCAAUGUUACACCAGAUCUCUAUAUUAUCGAUUGGAUGUAUACUUUGUAUGGUAAAUCAUUGCCAUUAGACGUCGCUUGCAGAGUCUGGGAUGUAUUCUUCAGAGAUGGAGAGGAGUUUCUUUUUCGGACUGCACUGGGAAUUCUACAUGAAUAUCAAGAAAUCCUAUUAAACAUGGACUUUAUUCACAUUGCCCAGUUCCUCACCAAACUACCGGAGGACAUAGCUGCCGAGAAUCUCUUCACCUCUAUUGCAGCAAUCAACCUACAGCAAAAGAAGUUCGGUCAAGUCUUUCUCAACCAUCUUAGUACGGUGCAGAGUUUAAACAACAAAGAGUAAUCAUACUACACCAGUGUUUGGUUCUUUCCAAUUUUUUUUUUUGGUUGAUUCCAAUCUGUCUCUGUGAGAUCCGAGGAUUGUCAUGUGCUAAUAGUGUAUUUACAGAAGGAUUUGAAAUAUUAUAAUAGAACUGUCAAUAAAUGAUGAAAUGCGGGUUUUUACGGGAAGCACACACAAAAAUAAGACCUCUUCAAAUCGCAGAGGAGCAGAAGCAUAAUCCUAUUGUAAUAAAUAAAACAGUAAUCUUUAUAGUCUGUAGUAGUACUUCCAUGAAGCAAAUUUUUUUUUUGAGGAAGACAAGGAAGUUCACAAUUUUUAUUUUUUCAUUUCAAUCUAUAUUUUAGUAAAUAAGUCAGUAAUGCCCCUUAAUUGCAAAUUCUUAUGAAAUUGCCAAAAUUUGAAGUAUGUAUUAUAUAAUGAAUAUUUAAUCAAUGAUAAUGUAUAUAAUUUCUAAUCUCAUUAAUGUCACUGACGUACGCCAGUUACUGUGUUUGCAUCCUUUUAACUAUGCUCUUUCAAGGUUGAUGUGUGGUAUCUUCUUCUACAAUGCAUUGAGAUGGCAUCUCCUUUUCACGAACAAAUGUUUCUGAAUUUGAACUUAAAUUAUUUAGAGAUUUCCUAUAUUUCACGAGUCAAAUCUUUAUACAAUCAGAUCAUGUCGAUGUUUGCCCUAUUUUUCAAUAAAUUUCAGAAAGUAUUGCAAUUUCUCAUACAUUUGCAUUGAUUAAAUGUUUGCACUCUUGUGAUUUGAGAUUCUUGUAAAAUUGAUUAUUUCACGAGGGUUCUUCAAAUGUGCUGAUGUUUGUAAAAUUGUGUUUCUAUGAAUGAC